AUGUUUGGUUCGAUUUGGAGAAAGUUUAUGAGAUUCGAACAACCUCGACGAGAUUCAGAAGUUGUAGCAGAUGGAUUAGAUGGUAAGGCAUUUUAAAGGUAAUUUAUAUUUUGUUUUUAGACAUGAUAUUCUUUGAAAGGAGGUUAACAGAAGUUGUGACUGGCUCACAACCAAAAGCAGUCAGGUGGAUGAGUAAGUCACGUUUACUUUUUGUUACUAUAGCGAUAUAUGUUGUUAUAACUUUGUUAAUGGUUUUUUUUAAUUGUGUAAGGGACUUUGAUCUUGCUUUUUAAGUUAGUUACAAGAAGAAACUUUUUUAUAUUAAUUUUAAUUGGUAUUGUCUACCCUAACAUACGAUAUGCCACUAUUUUUAAACUAAUCUUAAAUUUUAGUGGUUCUACUGGCUACGUUUGUUGCAACAAUUGUCUCAGCAUACUUUUGGGUGCUAGAUCCGACUAUUCGAUACGUAAGUGAAACGGUUUUAGACCUAUAUUACACUUGGUUUUCAGAUUUCAUUCACAGAAAGUUUAACGAAGCAUCCUGUAUUUGCGACUGGCUUCGUGUUUUUAAUAUUAUUGUUCACAGUCUUUGGAGUUCAGAAACGAGUAAUUGCACCAAAAAUGUAAGGAGGUUUAUCUAUUUUUAGCAGUUUGAUGAGUAUGUUAUUUUAAGAAUAUUGACUAUUGCAGAUUUUUUAUGAGUGUAUCUUGACAAAACACAUAUUAAUGUAAAAUAGUUUUUCAGGCUUUUAAAUAGUAAUUUUUUAAGUAAUUUAACGUCAUUUCAGAAUUGCCGCAAGGUGUCGAAACGUUUUGGUCGACUUUUACUUGAGCUGUGAUGAGGUAAGUAACUUGCGCAUGGAAGAAAUUUGUUUUAAUUUUUAAAAUCGAUAAUUGAAACCCUGAGUUUGGGUUAUUUUACUUUGUUUAUCACGAAAAUUUUUAAGUAUUCAAGAACUAUCAGUAAUGUUACGAUAAGCAUGUGUUAAAAAAUUAAAAUUUGUAUUUCAGCAAGGCCGCUUAAUUGUGAGGCCCACACACGGGCUUGGUGGCUUCACUGCCCCGAAUUAUAACCCUCCUCAACCUCCGUUAACAUCCGAUCUUAACAUGUCAGACGCCGAGAGCACCAAACUCGAAAACAUGAAACGACAAUCUCCAACGGCCGCGUUCGAACGAAUUGGGGAUAAAUCAAAAGGUUCAGACGAACUAGAAAAUCUUUCAUUAUAG